AUGGUAACACACGAGGUCAAUAAGCAAUCCUUUAGGUGUGUAUCAUCCUUGAGUUCGAACACCCUCUACCAGGUACAACAUGAAGCUAGCUGCUGGACCCUCAUAGUUACGUCUCCACCACAGCAUCCUGUUAUAAGACACAUCGAACUUGACACAUGUACGCUAGAUGGUGCCACGGACGUGACCCAGGUCGCUAUGACGUCAUCACAGAACCCGAACUUUGCACUAUGUACUCUAAAUGGCGCCACGGACGUGACCCAGGUCGCUAUGACGUCAUCACAGAACGCGAACCCUGAAUCAAACUUUGCACUAUGUACUCUAAAUGACUCCACGGACGUGACCCAGGUCGCUAUGACGUCAUCACAGAACGCGAACCCUGAAUCAAACUUUGCACUAUGUACUCUAAAUGACUCCACGGACGUGACCCAGGUCGCUAUGACGUCAUCACAGAACCAUAAUUAAAUAUACGUAGCGAUUUCGAAACGACUCGGAACAAUCCCUUCCACGCAAACUCCAUAUCACAGGAACCUGUAA